CUCUUGCUUUUCUUGCAUCCUCCUUUCCUUCUGCACAGCUUUGAAGCAGUCGAUGUCAUUUCUCUCGCGCUGUUUGACUUGCUUCCGUUUGUUUUAGGCUUCUGAAGGCCUACGAACCACUGUGAAGCAGUUUGCAUUUGUGGGCUUGCUCGUUUUUUGUCUGUCCACUUUGCAGCUGUAGCGUGACACUCCCUCUCCAGCGCCUUUCAGCCUAUGCCGGCUUGUGCUUUGGAACUCGACAUCGCUAUGGAAUAGGAUUCUGGCGGUUCAGGAAAAAAAAAAAAAGGAGCGUCACCGUGGAGUUGGCGACAUUUUGCUUGUCGGCAUUUUAACAUCUCGGCGAGCACCACACUUCACCAGCUUGGAGCAGGCGGCGUAUCAACCUUUGUGGUUGGUCAUUUGCAUCCGCUCCUGCUCUGUCUGCCGGGUCGGGGUGGGGUGGGGUGGGAUGGUUUGGGGUGUUUGGUGGCGGUUUUCGAGGUGUUUGCUUUCUGUUUUCUUCUCUCUUCUUCUCUUCUUGCCCUGUCAGGGUUCUGGUCUCGGGGACCAGGCUGCUUUCUGGCAGCAGGGGGGCAGCGCGUCUGCCCCUGUUCAACCUUGUAAGGAUGAUUCCUCAAAAAAUCCGCGCGUGCAGCAGGGUGCCUUGGGUGUGGCGGCCGGGGGAGCCCUGCAGCACUUGGCUGUUUUUUCUGGGUGUGGCUCGUCUUCGUGCCCUUGUUGCCUGGCGCCUGGUUGCCUGGCGCCCGCCCUGCUGUGAUGCCCUGUGAGUGCUGAUCUUGGGCAGCUAUGCAGUUGCUGGGUGAUCCUGGUCGGUUCCGCCUGGUGUCUCAGCGCAGCCAAGACACCAGGGGCCAACACCAGCCAUACAGCACACCCGCACACGGCGCGGCCACAGCAGCACACGCCGUGCCGUGUGGGGGGCCUGCGUUUGGGCGUCGCCGCCCACUGCCGGACUUGGCAGCAGACAGCACCCCUGCAGGUGGGGGCAACACUGCCAGCCCGUUCUUCAGCCCCGGGCUGCAGCUCCACCUUGCCCUGUCCACGCAUAGCCUGGCGCACGGCGUGCAGGACCUGACGACGCAGCCUCAGGGCCCCAGCCUGCCUACCUACCCAGUCCUUCUGGUGGGUGCCACCACGGGGCUCCCAGAGGGCGAGCAGCUGUCCUCAGCUGGCGUCCGGGAAGUGACCAGUGCUGCCCUGUCAGUGCUGGACACCAUGUGCAGGCAGGGCAACCAGCCGCAGCUCUUGCAGGGCCACUCUCUGCACAGCACAGGCCGCCCCUCCCGCACGUUUGCGGGGCUGGCCUUCAGCCGGCGCGUGACCAGCGCCAGCAAAGCAGCCUUCACAGUGGAGCUCAUGCGCAAGUCGCCGCUGGCGGUACCGCUCCAGCGCGGUCAGGCUGUCCUCACGGUUCACGUGCCAGUGGACACCCGGCCCAUCAUUCCGGGCACCUACACCGUCACGGUCAAGAUGGUAGGGGGCCCUGUGUGGGGGGCUUUCCGCGGUCGCACCGAUUUGGUGCUGCAGGCGGGUGGCUAUCCCACCACCUCGGACCCCUCUAACCUGGCGUGUGCUUAUGUGGUCUCAGAGCAGUGCGCCAAAUCGGUGGGCCCCAAGGGGGAGCCCCAGGCCCCCGCAGGCCAGGGCAUCACCAACCACAUCUUUGCCUGUGUGCGGGGCCCAGUCUGGGACCCGCAGCUCUCUCACCUGCACUGUGCCAAGUUUGAGAUGCCCGGUGAGGAGCCCAUGCAGGUGGAGGUCCGUGGCGCCCCCCAGGCGGCUGGGGCGGCCACGACAGCUGCGGCAGGCAGCCCUGCUCCGGCUGCAGCUGGGGUCGCCGACCUGGGUGGCAACACCUUGGGUGUGGCGAGGCCCGCGGCUGCCAUGGCGACCGCAGCGGACAUUGUUGACCACGCUGCUUUCGGGCAGUAGGGGGGCAGUGCGUCUGCCCCUGUUUCAACCUUGUAAGGAUGAUUCCUC